CCGCCGUCACGUGACGCCCGUCCGCAGCCUCUGCCGUCCUCCGCUGCGCCCCCUUCCGCCUGACGCGCCCCCGGCGGCGGCCGCGCAGCCCUGGCUCCUCGCGGGCUCGGGCGGCGGCUGCGGCGGGGCUAUGGCGAGCGGCGGUGGCGGGGGUAACACCGGCGCGGGUGCGGGGCCGGGGAUGGGCCUGAGCCUCGGCCUGGGUCUGGGUCUGAGCCUAGGCAUGAGUGAGGCCACCAGCGAGGCAGAGGAGGAGGCGGCCACGGCCGAGGCGGUGGGACGCCUGGCCACGACGCUGUGGCUGCGGCUCCGCGGCUGGGAGGCGGUGCUGGCGGCGGCGCAGCGGUUGCUGGUGUGGGAGAAGCCGCUGCACAGCCUGGUCACGGCUGCCGCGCUCAACGGCCUCUUCUGGUUGCUGUCUUCCUCGUCCCUUCGGCCCUUUUUCCUACUCAGCGUCUCACUUUUGGCCUAUUUUCUGCUGGAUCUCUGGCAGCCUCGCUUUCUCCCUGACGUGUCAGCAUCAUCCCCAGAGGAGCCACACUCUGACAGUGAGGGUGCGGGGUCAGGCGCCCGGCCGCACCUGCUGAGUGUGCCCGAGUUGUGCAGAUACCUGGCUGAGAGCUGGCUCACCUUCCAGAUUCACCUGCAGGAGCUGCUGCAGUACAAGAGGCAGAAUCCAGCUCAGUUCUGUGUUCGAGUCUGCUCUGGCUGUGCUGUGUUGGCUGUGCUGGGACACUAUGUUCCAGGGAUUAUGAUUUCCUACAUUGUCUUGUUGAGUAUCCUGCUGUGGCCCCUGGUGGUUUAUCAUGAGCUGAUCCAGAGGAUGUACACUCGCCUGGAGCCCCUGCUCAUGCAGCUGGACUACAGCAUGAAGGCAGAAGCCAAUGCCCUGCAUCACAAACACGACAAGAGGAAGCGGCAAGGGAAGAAUGCACCCCCAGGAGGUGAUGAGCCACUGGCAGAGACAGAGAGCGAAAGCGAGGCAGAGCUGGCUGGCUUCUCCCCAGUGGUGGAUGUGAAGAAAACAGCAUUGGCCUUGGCCAUUACAGACUCAGAGCUGUCAGAUGAGGAGGCUUCUAUCUUGGAGAGUGGUGGCUUCUCCGUAUCCCGGGCCACAACUCCGCAGCUGACUGAUGUCUCCGAGGAUUUGGACCAGCAGAGCCUGCCAAGUGAACCAGAGGAGACCCUAAGCCGGGACCUGGGGGAGGGAGAGGAGGCAGAGCUGGCCCCUCCCGAAGACCUACUGGGCCGUCCUCAAGCCUUGUCAAGGCAAGCCCUGGACUCAGAGGAAGAGGAAGAAGAUGUGGCAGCUAAGGAAACCUUGCUUCGGCUCUCAUCCCCCCUCCACUUUGUGAACACGCACUUCAAUGGGGCAGGGUCCCCCCCAGAUGGAGUGAAAUGCUCCCCUGGAGGACCAGUGGAGACACUGAGCCCCGAGACAGUGAGUGGUGGCCUCACUGCUCUGCCCAGCACCCUGUCACCUCCACUUUGCCUUGCUGGAAGUGACCCGGCCCCCUCCCCUUCCAUUCUCCCACCUAUUCCCCAGGACUCACCCCAGCCCCUGCCUGCCCCUGAGGAAGAAGAGGCACUCACCACUGAGGACUUUGAGUUGCUGGAUCAGGGGGAGCUGGAGCAGCUGAAUGCAGAGCUGGGCUUGGAGCCAGAGACACCUCCAAAACCCCCUGAUGCUCCACCCCUGGGGCCUGACACCCAUUCUCUGGUACAGUCAGACCAAGAAGCUCAGGCCAUGGCAGAGCCAUGAGCCACUGGGGAAGGAGCUGCAGGCACAGUAGGGCUUCCUGGCUAGGAGUGUUGCUGUUUCCUCCUUUGCCUACCACUCUGGGGAGGGGCAGUGCGUGGGGAAGCUGGCUGUCGGAUGGUAGCCAUUCCACCCUGCCUGCCUGCCUGCUUGCUGUCCUGGGGGCAUGGUGCAGUACCUGUGCCUAGGAUUGGUUUUAAAUUUGUAAAUAAUUUUCCAUUUGGGUUAGUGGAUGUGAACAGGGCUAGGGAAGUCCUUCCCACAGCCUGUGCUUGCCUCCCUGCCUCAUCUCUAUUCUCAUUCCACUAUGCCCCAAGCCCUGGUGGUCUGGCCCUUUCUUUUUCCUCCUAUCCUCAGGGACCUGUGCUGCUGUGCCCUCAUGUCCCACUUGGUUGUUUAGUUAAGGCACUUUAUAAUUUUUCUCUCUUGUGUUCCUUUCUGCUUUAUUUCCCUGCUGUGUCCUGUCCUUAGCAGCUCAACCCCAUCCUUUGCCAGCUCCUCCUAUCCCAUGGGCACUGGCCAAGCUUUAGGGAGGCUCCUGGUCUGGGAAGUAAAAAGUAAACGUGGGGCAGUGGGUCAGGCCAGUAGUUACACUGUUAAGUCACUGUAGUCUGUGUAACCUUCACUGCAUCCUUGCCCCAUUCAGCCCGGCCUUUCAUGAUGCAGGAGAGCAGGGAUCCCACAGUACAUGCGCUAGCACUGGAGUUGGUGAGCAUGCGCUCUGUCUUGAGAUGAGGAGCUUCCUUACUGCUCCUCUGGGUGAUCCAAGUGUAGUGGGACCCUCUGCUAGGGUCAGGAAGUGGACAGUAACAUCUGUGCAGGUGUUGACUUGAAAAAUAAAGUGUUGAUUGGCUAGAACUGCUGCCUCCCUGACUGUGAGCUGCCUUCCACCCCCUGCACUGCACUUCGUUCUCUCCUCACCCUUACCUGCUUCACCCUAGUCUGUUCUGGCUGUUUAUUACCUUGUUGCAAAACACGGCGGAAGCAAGGAUUACCUUGACAACCCUAGCUUCUCCUUAGCCAUCUUCCCUGACAGUGUGAUCUGUUUAGUGAGAUUUAGCAUGUGUGAAUAAAGUGUAUGCAGGAGGAAGUUGCCUUGUCUUCCCAAUCAGUAGAAAUUUGGGACCAUAACAAUUAUGUUUUACCAUGUGGCCUACAACCUUA